AUGUUUGUGAGAAAGCGCGAUGGACGCCAGGAGCGUGUCCAGUUCGAUAAGAUCACUGCCAGAGUUUCGAGGCUAUGCUAUGGCCUCGACAUGGACCAUGUCGACCCCGUUGCCAUCACUCAGAAGGUCAUCUCCGGUGUCUAUGGUGGUGUCACCACUGUGCAGCUUGACGAUUUGGCCGCUGAGACUGCUGCCUACAUGACCGUCACCCACCCCGACUACGCCAUCCUCGCUGCUCGUAUCGCAGUCUCCAACCUCCACAAGCAGACCAAGAAGCAAUGGUCUUCUGUUGUUAGCGACCUCUACCACUACGUCAAUCCCAAGAACAACAAGCCGUCGCCCAUGAUUGCAAAGGACACAUAUGACGCCGUCAUGAGACAUAAGGAGGAGCUUGACUCUGCCAUCGUCUACGACCGCGACUUCAACUAUCAAUACUUCGGCUUCAAGACCUUGGAGAGAUCGUACCUCCUGAAGCUUGACGGCAAGAUUGCCGAGAGACCUCAGCACAUGAUCAUGCGUGUCGCUGUGGGCAUCUGGGGCGAUGACGUUGAACGCGUCAUCGAAACCUACAACCUGAUGUCGAGCAAGUUCUUUACUCACGCCUCUCCUACACUCUUCAACGCCGGCACCCCUCAGGCUCAGCUGUCCUCUUGCUUCCUUGUCGAUAUGAAGGAGGACUCUAUCGAGGGUAUCUACGACACCCUCAAGACCUGCGCUAUGAUCUCCAAAAUGGCCGGUGGCAUUGGUCUCAAUGUCCACCGCAUCCGCGCUACCGGCUCUUACAUUGCUGGCACCAACGGUACCUCUAACGGUGUCGUUCCCAUGCUCCGUGUCUUCAAUAACACUGCUCGCUACGUCGACCAAGGUGGCAACAAGCGCCCCGGUGCUUUUGCUAUUUACCUCGAGCCUUGGCACGCUGACGUCUUCGACUUCUUGGAUCUUCGCAAGAACCAUGGCAAGGAGGAGGUCCGCGCCCGCGACCUUUUCCUCGCUCUUUGGAUCCCCGAUCUCUUCAUGAAGAGAGUGGAGAAGAACGGAGACUGGACUCUCAUGUGCCCCAACGAGUGUCCUGGUCUUGCCGACUGCUACGGGGAGGAGUUCGAGGCCCUGUACGAGAAGUACGAGCAGAUGGGCAAGGGUCGCAAGACCAUCAAGGCCCAAAAGCUCUGGUAUGCCAUUCUCGAGGCUCAGACCGAGACCGGCAACCCCUUCAUGCUCUACAAGGAUGCUGCCAACCGCAAGAGCAACCAGAAGAACCUGGGUACUAUCCGUAGCUCCAACCUCUGCACUGAGAUCAUCGAAUACUGCGCGCCUGAUGAGGUCGCUGUGUGUAACCUGGCCUCGCUCGCCCUGCCCACCUUCGUUGACUACAACGAGGGUGUCUACGACUUCCAGAAGCUCCACGAGGUCACCCAGGUCGUUGUUCGUAACCUCAACAGAAUUAUCGACGUCAACCACUACCCGGUCCAGGAGGCUCGCAACAGCAACAUGCGCCACCGCCCCAUUGGUCUCGGUGUUCAGGGUCUUGCCGAUGCCUUCUUGGCUCUCCGCAUGCCCUUUGAGUCCCCCGAAGCUCGUGACCUCAACAAGAAGAUAUUCGAGACAAUCUACCACGCUGCCCUUACCAUGUCGGUGCAGUUGGCCAGGGAGGAGGGUCCCUACGAGACGUACGAGGGUUCCCCUGUUUCUCAGGGCAUCCUCCAGUACGACAUGUGGAAUGUUAAGCCCUCGGAUCUCUGGGACUGGGAUGCUCUGAAGGAGCAGAUCAAGCAGCACGGUGUCCGCAACUCUCUGCUUGUCGCGCCCAUGCCGACUGCCAGCACCUCUCAGAUCUUGGGCAACAAUGAGUGCUUCGAGCCCUACACCUCGAAUAUCUAUCAGCGCCGUGUCCUUGCUGGCGAGUUUCAGGUAGUCAACCCUUGGCUCUUGAAGGACCUCGUCGAUAUGGGCCUGUGGUCCGAUGCUAUGAAGAACCGUAUUAUUGCCGAGAACGGUUCUAUUCAGAACAUCCCCAACAUUCCUACCGAGGUCAAAGCACUGUACAAGACCGUUUGGGAAAUCUCCCAGCGUACCGUCGUGCAGAUGGCUGCCGACCGUGGUGCCUUCAUCGACCAGUCGCAGUCGCUUAACAUCCACAUGAAGGACCCAACUAUGGGCAAGAUCACCAGCAUGCACUUCGCUGGUUGGAAGCUCGGUCUGAAGACGGGCAUGUACUACCUGCGCACGCAGGCUGCUGCCGCGCCCAUCCAGUUCACCGUCGACCAAGAGGCAUUGAAGGUUGCCGACAGCGCCGUCGGCAAGGUCCUCAAGAAGCGCGCGCCGCCCCCUGGUCAUGUCGCUGCUCCCGUCGUGAACGUCCCUCGGCCUAUGUAUGCCAAGAAGGAAUCUUCUGCACAAGACAAUGGCAUUCCCACACCCAGCGUCACCCCUCCCCCGCGGUCUGCUCCCGCGCAGAAGCCUGAUACCAUGAGGGCUGAUGUGGCUGAGGGUGACAGCCCUCGUGCCCUGCCUACUGACCCUGUGGAGGCGCUCAAGAUCGAGGAGCUCGGCAUUGCCGAGAGCAAGACCCCUGAUGUCGAGGACAAGACCGAAGACAGCAAGGAGCGUGAGAUGGACAUCUACUCCGAGGCUGUUCUUGCCUGCAGCAUUGAGAACCCCGAAUCCUGCGUCAUGUGCAGCGGUUAG